GAAAAUUAAGAUUGAGCAAGGAAAAUAAUCUCUCUCUCUCAACUCUAGUUUUCCUACUUAAAGAGUUAGUUCCAAACCAAAAUGUCAUGACAAAUAAUCAGCUAACAAAUAUAGGAAAAAAGAAAGAAAGAGAAAGCAGAACAUGCAGGGAGCAUGCAUCUCCGAGAGUCAGCCAUGGUAUCUCCAUUUCGUAUGCUUCAUAGGCUUUCUCUUUCUCCUUAGAGUACUAUUCAUUCCUCUCCUAAAAUGGUUCACCACAAGAUUCCUCCUCACACCCAAGCGGCUCAAGCGGUACGGCUCAUGGGCUAUGGUCACUGGAGCCACCGAGGGGAUCGGACGCGCCUUUGCUCACGAGCUGGCCAAACACGGCCUUAACCUCAUCCUAGUCAGCAGAAACCUUUCGAAGCUCGAAUCUGUCUCUGAUGAUUUCCAACAAGAGUUUCCCCACAUCAAGAUCAAGAUCAUUCCAUUUGACUUCUCCUCUGAAGGAGGAUACGGAGCAAUCGAGGAAGGGAUAAAAGGCCUUGAAGUUGGGAUUUUGAUAAACAACGUUGGUAUUACUUAUCCACGCGCCAUGUUCUUCCACGAGGUUGACCAACUUACAUGGACCAAAAUCCUGAGGGUUAAUCUUGAAGCCACCACUUGGGUCACACGAUCACUCAUCGGACCAAUGCUUCACCGCCGCCGUGGAGCCAUCGUCAAUAUUAGCUCCGGCGCUGCCGUUGUUGUCCCUUCUCAUCCCCUCUACGCCAUCUACGCUGCCACCAAAGCUUAUGUGGAUGCACUAUCAAGAUCUCUACAUGUGGAAUAUAAGCAGUUUGGUAUUGAUGUCCAGUGCCAGGUUCCCUUAUACGUGUCAACAAGGAUGGUGUCAGAAGUGGCAGCUAUAGACAAACCUAGCUUAUUUGUACCGUCGCCUGAAGUCUACGCAAAAGCGGCGGUGGCGCAGAUCGGAAUUGGAUCACGUUGCUCGCCGUUUUGGGCUCAUUCUCUUCAGUGGUUUCUUGUUGGACUUGUACCGGAUAACCUUGUUGAUACUUGGCGUCUCUCUAUCGGACUUCGCAGAAGAAGUUUAUCUUAAUGAUCAUAUUUUCAAGUUUGUAUUUGCUCCUCCACCUUUCGUGGAUAAAUAUAUGGCCCAUUGGGCCUGACAGAAAAAACUUAUAGAACACAAUUUGCCCUUUAAUAAUAUUUCAAUGUGACAUAAAAAAA